UUAAAAUAAACUCAACUCAACAAUGGUAUUCUAUGUCUCUCAUUAUAGUAAAUUGGCGAUGAUCAAUUAGACGUCCAACACUCCAUCCCAGACCUCGACAACGUGAACAUCAAACUAGGAGACGACGAAAAGAAAGUUAAUCAAAUCUCCUCCAAUACCGUCUCCCAAGUUCAAUAACCUCCAUCACAUGUUGCCAUACCCAUUUAACCACUCCCUCCUAAAACAGCAGAUCCCUCAUUUCUUUCAUAGUUGUUUCAUUGUCUAUUUAAGGGCCUCGCCAUCUUCGUGUAAGAUAAGCUUUAAAAUUAGGUUCUUCAUUCCAGAAGGCUUAUUAAAUCUUACCUAUUGUUUUAUAAUUGUCGUGAUUUUGUCAGCAAUUGAUUUUUGGACAGUCAAGAACAUCACAGGAAGGUAGCUCUCAAAAUUAUGUUAGAAAACUGGUUGGUUUAAGAUGGUGGUCAGAAGUAAAAGAAGAUGGAUCUGAAGAAUGGAUCUAUGAGUGUUAAGUAGCCAAUUUUAUUCCAAAUCCAUUCAAUUCAAAUAUCUUUUGGUUUGCCUAAUUCGGAGUAGUCCUAACAUGGGGAAUUUUAAUCUUAUUAGAUUUGAUCGGAUUAAGAUGGUUUAAUGUAAAAUUUAAAAUUAAAAUAGGCUGUCUUAGCUAUGACAGCAUUUUGUUUGACUGGAAUCAACUUUGUAGGAUUCUAUAAGUGCAGAGGAGAACAUCAAAAGAAAGCUAAGGAAUACAUGACUAAAAUAGGUUUGAAGGCUAUUUAACAAUGGUGAAAUUAUAAUUAUAAUAACUG